AUGCCGAAGGAUAGGAGUUGGGUUUUGCUAGAUGAUCAUCGAUUAGACGCAUUUCAAAAUGGUUGUUUAGAAUUUCUCGACUUUGCUUUCGAUAAGGCGGCCAUUGAUGACAAAAUAAGGUGUCCAUGUAGAGACUGCAAAUGUCGAAAAGUCGGGGAUCGUGAAUUCGUUCAUGAGCAUUUACUUUGGAGGGGCUGGGAUAAAUCCUAUGGCGAAGGACAAUGGGUAAUGCAUUUGGAGUCUGAUGAAGAGUACCGUAGGGUUCUUUGCGAAGUAAACGAAGAAGAAGCUAGUGAAGUAGGGGGGUUUGGUGUUGUACAUUUGAAUGAAGACGAUAACAUGAGUGCCGAUAUUAAUCCCACAAUGGAUGAAUUAUUGCAAGCAUGUCUCAAUCCUGCUCAACAUGCCCUAGGUGAAGAGUCCAGCUCAGAAAGUGAUGAUCUCCGCAAACUCAUUGAAGAGUGGUGUAUCCCUUUAUAUGAAGGUUGCACUGAUAACUCUAAACUUUCCUUCAUGAUGGACUUUUAUAAAAUCAAAUCUCGGGGUAAAAUGAGCGAUAAGACAUUUUCAGAAACCCUCCAACUUAUGAAAAAGAUUCCUUCCCUAAAUAUUCCCGAUUCUUUCUAUGAAGUUAAGAAGCUUAUCGGGAAGUUGGGAUGCGGUUAUGUCAAAAUUGAUGCAUGUGAGAAUGAUUGUAUGUUGUUCUGGAAGAAUGACAAAGACUUGGACAAAUGCAAAGUGUGUGAUGCUUCAAGAUGGAAGAGUCCCACAGAAAAUGAACCAAGUUGUUCAACCUCUCAUCGCAAAAGAGUACCUAAGAAAGUCCUUCGACACUUCCCGUUAAUUCCUAGACUCAGACGUUUGUUCAUAUGCGAGAAAACAUCAAUUCAUAUGAGAUGGCAUGCUGAGUCUCGGUGUAACGAUGGUUGUUUAAGGCACCCUGCCGAUUCUGAUGGGUGGAAAGAAUUUGAUAAGAAGCAUGAUUCAUUUGCUUCAGACCCCCGAAACGUAAGGCUCGGCUUGGCUACAGAUGGAUUCAAUCCAUUUGGAUCAUUGAGUAGUAAGUAUAGCACGUGGCCGGUUAUUCUAAUGACUUACAACUUACCACCAAAUAUGUGCAUGCAACGUUCUUUUAUGAUGAUGUCUUUGCUUAUUUCUGGUCCUAAAGGACCGAAAAAUGGCAUCGAUGUUUAUUUGCAGCCACUGAUAGAGGAGCUGAAAGAGUUGUGGGUUACUGGAAUUAGAACCUUUGAUGCAUCCACCAAACAGUACUUCAAUAUGCGAGCGGCCAUUUUGUGGACUAUCAAUGAUUUUCCAGCAUUAGGUAACUUAUCAGGGUGGAGCACAAGUGGCUAUCUUGCUUGCCCGAGUUGUGGUGAAAAUACAGUAUCUGAGCGGCUGUACAAAUCGAACAAACAGUGUUUUAUGGGCCACAGUCGUUUUCCCGAGGAAGGGGCACCACCUCCACCUUCGGGCGACGAGGUUUUAUCACAGACAGAUGGAAUCAAUGUUAUAUUUGGGUCAGGUCAAGCAGUUCAUAAAGAUUCUCAAUGGCGGAAGAGAAGUAUUUUCUUUGAAUUGCCUUAUUGGAAGGAUAAUCUGAUACGUCACAAUUUGGAUGUCAUGCACAUCGAGAAAAAUAUUGGUGAGUUGUUACUUAAGUGGCUGUUAAAUAUUCUUAACAAAAGCGAUGGUUUCGACAAUGCCAAAGAGGAUAUCGAAAAAAUAAAAAAACCACCGCCGGGAAAAUCUGGUCCACGAUUUCCCAAUUUAGUUCCUAAAUUGGGGAAAUAUCACAAGAUGUCUGCUCAAUCUAAGAAAGCUGUGUGUGAUGUUAUAGCAAGCAUUAAGGUCCCUAAUGGUUAUGCAUCAAAUAUAGCCCGUUGCGUUAAUGAAGAUAAAAUAGGGGGGUUGAAGAGUCAUGACUAUCAUGUUUUAAUGCAACAAUUGCUUCCCUUAGCGGUUCGCAAUGUGGGGUUACCGACAAAGAUGGCUUCCGCCAUUAUCCGAUUGUGUAAUUUUUUUCGAGGAUUGUGUUCCAAAACCAGCAAGUUUGAUGACUUUCAAAAGCUGCACUCUGAUAUUGUAAAAAUACUAUGCGACUUGGAGAAGUUUUUUCCUCCGGCUUUCUUUGUUGUUAUGAUGCAUUUGCCGGUUCAUCUUGCUCAUGAAGUUAUGGUUGCCGGACCAGUGCAUUAUCGAUGGAUGUAUCCGAUAGAAAGAUAUUUGGGUCACUUAAAGUCGUUUGUUCGAAACAAAAAAUGUCCCGAGGGUUCAAUUGCUGAGUGCUACGUAACUGAGGAAUGCUUAAAUUUUUGCUCGCUAUACAUGGAAACAUUCUCCCCGAAUGUUGGUGAUGAGGAGAAAUGUGCAUUUUCAAUAUUUUCUGAAGUGGCAAAUGAUAAUGAAGUACGACCUAAGUAUAGGUUUCUCAGUUAUGAUGAAAUGGAGAAGGCACACAAUUAUUGUCUUUUCAACUGUGACGAAAUUCAACCGUACAUUGAGGAGCAUCUUGAGACUAUUAAGGAUAAGAUUCCAACAACUGACCAUGCUUAUCAUUGGCGUAUUCAAAAGUUGCAAGACAAAGAAUUUCGCCCUUGGUUCCAAUCCUAUGUUCAUGGCAAAGUUGGACUAGAUGAAAAUAUCAGAGCCUUAGCUCAGUCUCCCAGUUUUAGAGUGAAGACUUUUAAAAGAUUUGAUGUGCAAGGGUUCACUUUUCGCACUAAAACGUCAGAAGAGUCUAAUUCUACUCAAAACAGUGGUGUUUUUGUCAACGCGAAGACGACUAGCUUUGCAAGUGCUAAGGAUAAAUCUCCGAGAGAGGAAGAUUUAGGUUACUAUGGAGUAAUCAAGGAUAUCAUUGAACUUUCGUUCGACCUAGAUACCAAGAAAAUAGUUCUCUUCGAGUGUGACUGGGCUAAUAAUCGCACAAACAAGACAGACAAUCUAGGUUUUACACUAGUUAAUUUAACUAGGCCAGAUGCCAAAGCAAGUCCUUUUGUUAUGCCAUCUCAAGUAUUGCAAGCAUUCUACGUCGAGGAUCCACGUGAUAAGCCAUGGGUGGUCCCUAUUGUAAUUAAACCAAGGGACAAUUUUGCUUUAAAACCAGAUGAUCCUAGUGCUGAACUGGAACAAGAGUGUUAUGAUAUACUUCCGAUAAAUAGUGGCGUGUUUGCAAUGUCGGAGAAAGGUAAGGGCAGGGCUACUAUUAUGGAGUUUGACGAUAAGGGUAUUCCGGUUGAGCCCGGGAGGACAGAUUUGGUGAAUGAUAUUGCUAAACAGGUUACACAUUGUGACCUCUUUAAUCCGUGUAUUUCAUGGCAAAUAAAUAUUGUCGAUGCGUAUGAACACAUGCCGAGGCCGUAA